AUGGCUCUCAUCAAGCUCAUCACCGUGCACAGCACGCACCUCAUUGCGGUCUUCUUCGUCGCUGCCAUCAUCUAUAAGCUUCUGACCCGGCGCGGCCCCGCAUAUCGGCGAAAUCUCCGGCUUCCGCCGGGCCCACCCGGCGAACCGAUCAUUGGGCAUCUCCGCAUUAUCCCGACCGACAAUCCGGAGUACGCUUAUGCGAACUGGUCGAAGGAGUAUGGCUCCGAUGUGCUUUAUUUCAACGUCCUUGGGCAGGAUAUCGUGGUGCUCAACUCUGUCCGGGCAGCCGUCGAUCUCCUCGACAAGCGCGGGGCGAACUACUGCGACCGCCCGAGAUUUGUGCUUUUUGAGGAGAUGGGAUGGCGAAAAACGUUGACGUUUCUACGAUGGGGUCCGGAAUUCCGAAUGCACCGCAAAAUCUUGCAGAAGGCCUUCCAGAAAACGAAUAUUCAAGCAUAUCACGACUUACAGGAGAGGGAAGCUCGCAUACUCGUUGAUGGCAUCAUCAAACAACCUGAAGCUUGGGAGGCGGCGCUGCGGCGAUAUUCAACAGCCAUCGUAAUGAAAAUCGGGUUUGGAGUGGACGUCAAAAGUGACAAUGACCCAUACAUCCAGAUGGCUGCCGAUGCUUCAUACGCUCUUGGUCACGGCGGAGCACCUGCUGGCACUCUGGUUGACUUCUUCCCUUUCGUUAAGCAUCUACCGGACUGGCUUAUAAGAGAUCGCUCUCUAAGAUUUGCCCGGGAUUGGAAAUGGGCCAUCCGGAAACUCCACGAUGCACCAUACGCAGCUGUCACGGCCCACAAAACCCCUGACAACAGUCUGAUUAAAAUUCUGCUCGAUCAACGAAAUGAACAACUUAAGAGUGGCUUCUCGGAUCUCUCAGAAGAUGACAUCAAAGGGGCUGCGGGAGCUGUUUAUGCCGCAGGCCAAGACACGACCUGGUCUACGCUAGUCGUGUUUGUUCUUGCAAUGGUUCUUCACCCUGACAUCCAGGAGAAGGCCCAGACGAUGAUCGAAGAAGUUGUUGGAAAGGAAAGACUACCGAGGUUUGGAGACCGCCCAAGACUACCUUACAUCGACUGCAUCGUGCAAGAGACCCUUCGCUGGUGUCCUGUAUCUCCUAUUGGUGUACCGCAUCGAUCUUUAGAAGAUGACGUCUACCAGGGAAUGUUCAUACCUAAGGGGUCGCUCGUGUAUGCAAAUGCUCGAGCAAUGACUCACGAUGAGACCAUUUAUUCGAACCCAGAAAUCUUCAACCCAGAAAGCAAUGUUAAAGAUUGGGAGGAUGAAAGAGACUUGUGGGACCGGUGUGAUACCUUUGGUUGA